UCCAGGUCUGGUUUCUGACAGCGUGGAUACGAUCACUUAUUUUAUUUUUUUUCUCCUCAAACCUUUGCUGUGUCUUAUCUUGUCACUUGAUACAGUUAUGGGUGUGUUGUGGUGAAACCCAGCCCUGACCAUCAUAAAGGUUUUAGGUGUAGUAGCUGUUGUUCAAAGCCUCCUUCCUCAUUCCAUCUGUCUUCACUGAGGAGCCCAGCAGCUCAGUCUUUACUCAGAACCUUUAGAACCGUGUUCACGUUCUGUCUCUGUUCUAAAUACUUCAAUUGUGUUUUGGCGAACACCUGCAUCUCUUCCUUAAAUGGAUCUUACUUUCCAUCCUUUUGUGCUUUUCUAUUUUCAAACUACACGGGGCAGCACACGUUUUCACCACAGAGAAGCUAAGGUCUCCAGUCUGCUAUGAAUGAGGAGAGAGAGGAGGGGGGUCCUACCUCUAAAACCACUCUGUCUGGGGAACAUGGCCGCCAGAGGAAAGCUAAGAGCCCAGAGCAGCAGGAGAGAGCAGACUCCCAUGGACCCAGCUGUGUCUCCAUGAAGAGUGAUCACUCUAUGGAUCCACCUGUCACAAUUAAAGAUGGAAAUCAGUCUAUUGAAAAGAGAAGAGUCCAGCAGCAUAGAGGAGACUCCCCUGGACCCAGCUGUGUCUCCAUGAAGAGUGAUAGCUCUAUGGACGAUCCUUGGAACUUUAAAGAUGGAAAUAAGUCUAUUGAGAAGAGAAGAGUCCAGCAGCAUAGAGGAGACUCCCCUGGACCCAGCUGUGUCUCCAUGAAGAGUGAUCACUCUAUGGAUCCACCUGUCACAAUUAAAGAUGGAAAUCAGUCUAUUGAAAAGAGAAGAGUCCAGCAGCAUAGAGGAGACUCCCCUGGACCCAGCUGUGUCUCCAUGAAGAGUGAUAGCUCUAUGGACGAUCCUUGGAACUUUAAAGAUGGAAAUAAGUCUAUUGAGAAGAGAAUAGUCCAGCCGGAGAGAGCAGACUCCCCUGGACCCAACUGUGUCUCCAUGAAGGGUGACCGCUCUAUGGGUCAUCCUCCUAAAUUUAGAGAUGGACGGCCCUCCAGAGAGGAGAGACAACCCCACCAGAGGUCAAAGGUUACCAGUGCUCAGUCUGUACAGCAGCAUCAAACAGAGCUGAUCAAGAGGGCUGAGGAGAACGCACACGCUUUCCUAGACAAGGAGCUGAAGAAGCUCUGGAGGGAUCUCUUCUCAGAUUACCCACAAUGCUCAGAGAGUCAGAGGGAGGAGGACGAGGUGGAUGAUAAGAAAAAGGAGCAGAGGAGGUGCGCCAUAGCGGGAGUGGUUGACAUCACAAAGCUCUGCCUGAUGGAGAUGAACCAGGAGGAACUGGCCGACACACUGUGGAGAAAAUCUGCUGCUGUCGAGUGCCAACAUAAAAUCAAGUCUAAUUUGAGGAAGAAGUUCAAGUGUGUGUUUGAGGGAAUCGCUAAAGCAGGACAGCCAACAGGUCUGAAUGACUUCUACACAGAGCUCUUCAUCACAGAGAGAGGCAGUGGAGAGGUCAACAAGGAACAUGAGGUCAGACUGAUUGAAACAGCUUCCAGGAGACCGGCCAAGGAGGAAAAACCAAUCAAAUGUGAAGACAUCUUUAAACCCUUACCUGGUCAAGAUAAACCAAUCAGAACAAUAAUGACAACUGGAGUGGCCGGCAUUGGUAAAACCAUCUUAACACACAAGUUCAAUCUGGACUGGGCUGAAGGCAAAGCCAACCAGGACAUACACUUCACUUUUCUCCUUACUUUCAGAGAGCUGAAUUUACUGAAAGGGAAAGAGUUUAGCUUGGUGGAACUUCUUCAUCACUUCUUUGUUGAGACCAAAGAAGCAGGAAUCUGCAGAUUUGACCGGUUCAAAGUUGUCUUCAUCUUGGAUGGUCUGGAUGAGUUUCGACUUCCUCUGGACUUCCAGAACAACCAGAUCUGGACUGAUGUCACAAUGCCGACUUCAGUCGACAUGCUGCUGACAAACCUCAUCAGGGGCAACCUGCUUCCCUCCGCUCGCAUCUGGAUAACCACACGUCCUGCGGCAGCCAAUCAGAUCCCUGUUGAGUCUGUUGACAUGGUGACGGAGGUGAGAGGGUUCACCGACCCACAGAAGGAGGAGUACUUCCGGAAGAGAUUCAGAGACGAAACGUUGGCCAGCACAAUCAUCUCCCACGUCAAGAAAUCACGAAGCCUCCACAUCAUGUGUCACAUCCCAGUCUUCUGUUGGAUCACUGCUACAGUUCUGGAGGACAUCUUCAAAAAAUCCCAGAUAAAAGAGAUGCCCAAUACCGUGACUCAGAUGUACAGCCACUUUCUGAGGGUUCAGUCCAUACAUGGGGACAGGAAGUACCAUGGGAGAGCUGAAACAGAUCGAAACUGGAGACCAGAGAGCAGGGAGAUCAUUGUUUCUUUGGGAAAACUGGCUUUUAAUCAGCUGGAGAAAGGCAACCUGAUCUUCUAUGAGGAAGACCUGGCAGAGUGUGGCUUCGAUAUCAGAGCAGCCUCAGUGUACUCAGGAGUGUUCACCCAGAUCUUUAAAGAGGGGCAUGUGCUGUACAAGGACAAGGUGUUCUGCUUUGUCCAUCUGAGCAUCCAGGAGUUUCUGGCUGCCCUUUAUGUCUUUCUGUCCUUUAUCAACACUGGUGUCAAUCUGCUCUCAGGAAAACGACAAUCCCGGAGGUCUAUUCUCGUUCAAAACAAACAAGCAGAAAAAAGAAAGCUCAAACUCUACCGGAGUGCUGUGGACAAGUCCUUACAGAGUGAGAACGGCAGAGGUGUAUAG